CCUAGGUGAUGAGUGGCGCGGCUUGUUCCAGGAUGCACCUGCGAGUGCAGAAGCGUCUUUGGAAUGGACCAUAUAAAGUCUGAGUCUGAUCAUAUGGGUACUCUCUCGUGGCCUUCUCAGGAUUUCGGGGAGAAAGUCUUGGACGUAAUGGCUUGGAUCAUGCCCGUUUCUGUCGCCCUUUCCACGUUCGGAGCUGCAAACGGGACUGAAUUCACAUCUGGAAGAUUGUGUUAUGCGGCAGCUCGAGAGGGACACCUUGUCGACAUCCUAUCUUACGUGCACGUCCGUCGAAUGACACCCAGUCCCGCUCUCAUCUUCAAUGUCCACAUCAGCAUUCCUAUCAUUGUCAUGGUGAUCUCAGCGUACCUGGUGGUGGCACCAAUCAUCGAUAACCCCCAAAUGGAAUACUUGUAUGCAAGUUGUUUCAUCGCCGGUGGCCUGAUUUUCUACUACCCUUUUGUAUAUCGGAAGUGGGUGCUCCUUGGCAUGAAACCGGAUUUACAUGCCUGUAGAUUGUGCUAUGCGGCAGCUCGAGAGGGACACCUUGUCGACAUCCUGUCUUACGUGCACGUCCGUCGAAUGACACCCAGUCCCGCUCUCAUCUUCAAUGGUCUCAUCGCUCUGGCCAUGAUUACCGUCGGUGACAUUAAUAGCCUGAUCGACUUCUUCAGCUUCACUGCCUGGAUUUUCUACGGUGGCGCCAUGGCGGCUCUCAUUGUGAUGCGCUACACAAAGCGCGAUGUUCCGCGACCAUAUAAGGUCCACAUCAGCAUUCCUAUCAUUGUCAUGGUGAUCUCAGUGUACCUGGUGGUGGCACCAAUCAUCGAUAACCCCCAAAUGGAAUACUUGUAUGCAAGUUGUUUCAUCGCCGGUGGCCUGAUUUUCUACUACCCUUUUGUAUACCGGAAGUGGGUGCUCCUUGGCAUGAACAAGAUAACUGUAUUCUUCCAGUUGCUGUUGGAAGUGGUGCCAACUGACAAAUUGUCCGGACUGUGAUCAUCCUUGCCUCAGCUCAACUGAGGUGUUUUUUGGAAUGCAUGCUUUCUUGAGAUGUGUUGUCUGUGUGGUUGGUUUUGUUGCAAGUAUGAAACUGAUGCAUUAAUUAUUAGAAUCGGAGGGCAUUCUUUAGACAAUGUGGAGCCAAAAGAGGCGAGAUUGUUUGGCCUAACUGACGUUCAAAAGGGAGAGAGGGUAUAUAAUCUUGGAAUUCAAUCAGUUGUAGUGCCAGUAGGCGUGAAAUUUUGGGACUUCCUUGCGGUUUAGAGGCAAGCUGACGACAACGGUUGGUGUCAAGCUGAAGCGAAUCUUACGCGAAAUUAGCUCAUAGAUGGCGAUAAUUUCAUUAUCUUCUCAAUUUAGCUGCCAAUCCCGAUGACUGGAUUGAUCAUACUGAUCACGGCUGAUGUUCCUUGAGUAGUUGUGAAUGGCCUAAUUUAACCAUUAAUUAGCUGCUCCUUAAAUGAAGAACGACGCAGAUUUAUUUUCCCGAGGGAAUCAAGAACUACGUCUUAACCGUCACUUGAUAUGGAAACAGAUUUCCUCCUUUCCUGUGCAUUGCACCAUUUUCUUGCAAGUUGGACGCUUGAACACAUACAUUUUCUCAGUAUUUUGCGCUGAAUUUGGAGAUGUCCGUCAAUCAGGAAAUCGCAUGCAAACAUUCCGAAGUCCAGGACUGAAUUCUGAAUUGACCAAGUUUGAUUCCCUCCAUUCAUUUGUGAUUUCCGUUCAGAAGAUCAUGACAUGAAGAGGAAAUCCAAACAAAAUAAUUGAUGGUGAAUGCGAUUAGCAGUAGGGACUAAUGCAAACACAAUAAUUUCUUGCCCGCUAUUGAUGACGAAAGUUUGCUUGCAUUGAUGCGAGAAGCAUCUUUCAGAGGAAUUCACCAGAAGUUUGUUCAUCCGAAUAGGGAGCCAUGAAUGGUGCCUUAGCCUCUAGUGAUGAGAGUGGCGUCUGCUUUCGAGCACGGAACUUGGUAAAUAAGCCUGAGACUCUCCAGUUAGAAUUGCGUCGAAGGUCGGAGUAUACGAGAACUUUAGAUGAUCCGUGCAAGAAGAGUGCAUCGAUUCGCUCACCUUAGCAGAGAAGUAAAGCCUCGAUAGCCAAAAUGUAUGUGUUUUACGUUUUACAGGUGUCUGAGAAUUAACUGAUCCUCUCUCCUCAAUAUCUCUCAAGAAAAGCGAAAAAAACUGGGGCAUUCUGCUUUGAUAAGUAAUACUUCUUUAGGAAUUUGCUAACAAUAACCACUAGGAGCUUCAAUGAAAAUUCAAGAACUCAUCACAUUCCAGCAUAACUGUCUGGAUUUUAAAUGCAUCUCUGACUAACUAGCACUCAUUGGAUGCCAUUUCUGGAUCAAUUGUAGGACCUUCUUAUACGCCUGAAGUUCCUUCAGGAUUUCCAUCUUGGAAUGAAAUAUAUUGUCGUGACAUCCCACAAUAAUUAUUUGCAGUUAACUCAAGGCUGUGAUGUGAUGCAAUUUCGCGUGGUCAAGCUGAAAAUGAUGCAAUAUUUCUCUUUUUGUGAGAUUUUUUUUUCCUUGUUUAGUCCGAAAGUAUGGAUUCAUUAGAAUUCCUCAAUUCUAUCUCACUUUUCUUGGGAGUUGCAGGGAAAAGAAAGGGAAUGGUUAAUUGUCAGAGAUGCUGUAUUCACUACACAUUCGUGAUGAAAGAACUUAGCGGGAGAGUAGUUGAGUGUACAAGGAUGCCUAGGUGAUAUUUUUAUUGUCGCUUAUUCUAUACAGGGAUCACAAUCAGGCAGGCUGUGAAGCAAAACUUGAACUCAGAUUCUCUGGUCUUAGUGACUGCAGAAUAUCUAGAGCCUCACCUCAUCUUCGCGAAGCUCAUUCGCGUGCAUUUUACUCCGCAGUCUCAGGGCCUGACACUAAUAAAGAUAAUAGUCCAAUUUAGCGAUGGAGGCCAACGAACGCAACUAAUUUGUCAGUGGAGCCGUAGGGGAGCAUGCAAGGUCCGAUUUCUUGCUCAAAAUGUGUAGUGCCAAUUAUGUUGUAUUUGUCUCUCCUCUAUUUUGAAAGCUCGAUUGUAUACGAGCCCGGACUUCUAUUCCACCCCCCCUCCACCCGUUCAGUAUUUGUAUCUGGUGCAGGACGCGUAUUCAAAUGAUAAAUUGUUUUCAAAUGAAAAAAAAACAAUUGCAAAGCAAACGCUGUCUCUUCCACACCUUCCCAUGCAUCAAUCUCAGUGACACUAUAACGUGAGGACCUGAAAGAAAAUUAAGACUGUAUUGGGAUCCCCCUUUACUCUCGCUUACUGAUCCGGACAAUCAAAUAUAUUCCGAUAAAUAAUCUUUUCCAAAGGUGGGUUUCAGUUACAAUUUGUCUGCUAGAAGCUCUUCUCUGCUGGAAUCAUAAAGCUGGUAUUGGUGCUACUCGAUUCAUGAUCAGCGCCCUUUUCCUCCUCGGCUCCGAAGCUCCUGUAUUUCUGUUAGCCUAGAUAUUCAGAUUUGCAGUGUCAGUGUUCUCUUCCCUUCUAAUAUAUCGAGCCUUGCUGUAUUUCAUUCGUUAUAUUUUGGAAGAGAUAUCCACUUCUAAAGCACAGAUGAUAGAAUAAAGUGAUUUUUUCUCGAAAUACA